GCUUUUGGCCACAAGACCGCAACCGCAAGAAGACCGCAAGUUGCGAUGGCUGCUGUUCUGCAUCAAACAUAGACUUUAAAUUUCUGUUAGAUCUGUUGUGUUUUGGUCGCUUUUUUCAUUGUUUGGGAGCAUUUACUUCAGAAUCAACACCAUACCAUUCAAUUUCAUACUCUUCUAAAGUUUCUCUGUAUGGUUGUGCCCUAAGUGAGAACUCGGUGAUAUCAAGACAUUACUAUGAAAGAGGUCUUUCCCAAGUUAAGCUGCCUAUGGUUUGAAGAAAUCCAAGUCUUCGAGUCAAAAGUUUGGCACAUUUGUGGGUGAUUGCGUAAUGUGCCAUUGACAAACAUUCUAUUUAAAAGUUAAAAGUUUAAUCCCAAGUGGCUAGAUGCAUAUGCAGCCAGACACUGCGGAGGGCAAGAUGUUCUUCGGGGAGCUGUAUUUAAGACAGAAGCCUGCUUCGACUUCUGACAAGCCAUUCAAAUGUGAACAAUGUGGCAAGAGUUUUGCAGAAAGCUGCACCCUUGUUCGCCACAAGCAUACCCACACUGGUGAGAAGCCUUUUAAAUGUGACCAUUGUGGAAGGUGCUUCGCAGAAAGUUACACUCUUGUUCGUCAUAAGCGCACGCACUCUGGAGAGAAGCCUUACAAAUGUGAACAAUGUGGGCGGGCUUUUGCAGAGAGUUACACUCUUGCAAGACACAAGCAUACCCACACAGGACUCAAGCCUUUCCGUUGUGAUCAGUGUGGAAAAUGGUUUGCAGAGAGUUAUACAUUAGCAAGGCAUAAGCAUACUCAUUCAGGUGAGAAACCGUUUAAAUGUGAACAAUGUGGCCGCUGCUUUGCUGAGAGUUACACACUAACUCGCCACAAACGAAUGCAUACAGGUGAAAAAUCAUCAAUUGACAUGCAUUCUAAUGGAGCGUAGUCUUGCAUUGUGUCCUGUAUUUUAAACUGUACCACUCAGAUCAUCAAAGUGGCUUAUAACUUGCUCUGAAUAUGCAUGUAAAUAAUUUGUAUUUAUAAAGUGAAGUUUUAAUUGGCCUAUUGGAUGAAAGUUGUAUCAAAUUGGGUAGGAAAAUAAUAUUUAAGGGCUCAUCUCUUUAUAUUAAACUGCAACCUAUGAAUAUUCAAACUACUUUGUAUGUUAUCUAAAGAUCUCAAUGACUAGGUAUAAAUCAUUGUGAUUUUGAAGUUGUAGUUUGAAAUGUUACAAUUAUAUUACAUUGUACUGUUAAUUUGUGAUUAGAAUAAUCAUUAUUUUAUCUCAUCUGAUGUAACUCAGCUAUGCUUGAAAAUUUCUUAGUAGUCCUGUUUUAUUUGAUACAACACUCAUUCUCUUGAAAGUUACCUUAUUUUGUUCUCCUAAAUUCAAAUGAGAAAUGGUAUAUCAAUUAUGUUUGACAUCUAAUUGACUGUCCCAAAUGCUCUUUCAGUAAAUUAUUAAUAUUGGCAGUUUUUUUUUAAGAGAUUAUGUUUUCAGAGUUUUAUUGUGUGUUACUUGUAAGUAAAUUUUAAUAGGGGAUAGCAACUUAAAAGUUGCUUGCCUUAUUAGGUCUUACAAUAAUUAUUGCAUUGCUUACAUUACCUCUUUAAUGUUUGUUUUCCAAUCAACAUUAUUGGAAAAGAUCUGUGCUAUGCAAUAAAUUUGUACUUGUAAAUGCACCAUUUAUUUAUCUUGUGAGAAAUUUUCUCUCAAAUCACAUUUUAUUCUUGGUGUACUUGUUUUGGCUUCUGAAAUCUGCCAAUGCAGUUGAGUUGGAGUUCCUGUCAUUCUAAGUGUUGAAAAGAUUUUUUAUUAUUUGUUUAUUUUCUGUAAAUCUGAAGUUUCCUGUAACUAAUGCCCAUUUUCUGAUCAUGAGACUACCCUGUGUGUCUGUUAGCUAUGAUGACAUUUUUGGAUUCCCCAAAAAGCCUUCAUAGUGAAAGCUACUUCUAUUUCACUAACAAUGAGAUUGUGGUGGAUGGAUACUCAGUCCAGUUUUAAUACUCCAGACCUGCUUGUCAUUGUAUACUGUACAAUGUUCCAGGAUCUUGGGAUGUGGAUUAAUGCAAUUCUUGAUGCUCCAAAUCUUGAUUUAUUUAUAGGGUGUGUGACAAAUAACUUGUAGGUACCAUAAUGUUUAAAUUUUGUUCUAACCAUCCCUGACAAGAUCUAGAAUGAAGGUGCAGUAAAUAAAUUUGAAUUGAUUUUCAUGAAGUUGGAAGCUCAAAUACUGUAUGGUACACAAUUAACCCUGUAAUUGCACAUUGGAAUUUUUAUUGCAUUAUUUUGAAUAUUUUUAUUAUGUUGAUCAUGGAAAAGCAUAGGUAUAAAACUUCCUUACUCAAAUUAUUGGUCAAAUAUGGCUGUGAUAAAAUUCUGAUCUAUUAAAAGAACGGACUUAUGUGACCUCUACAGCCCCACCUACAGGAAAUUCUUCUUCCUUUUGUAUAGCUCAAUAAUUAGAGGCUAUGUAAAAAUUAAAUAAUUGUCAGAAUUUGCAAUGAAAAAUCUUAUUAAAGUUUGGUUGACACUAGCCUACAAAGUAGAUUUAGAGUUACCACCUAUGAGUUUCUAUAUAAUAAUAUAGGUUAAUGUUUUGAAUCUGUUCUUACAGUAAUGAUUAUCCCACUUCAAUCAAACUUGAAUCGUACUAUGGGGCCAGAAGAAAAUCUGAAAGUGCUGUCAUCGCCUAGGCAAAAAUCUUAGUAGCUGAAAAAGACUGAAAUCAGAGGUUUUCUGUUUUUCCUUUGCAUUAGAAUCUACUUUAAAAACUUAUUUUGAAGUCUUAAGUUGAAUUAUUGUCAUGGUGGAUGUCUUGUCAACACGUAAACUUCUCUAUUUACUGUCAAUUUUUUUGUUGCUGUCCUUUAUUUGCACAACAGUUACCUUAUGGGAAGAGUCAAGAACUAUUGUAUGUGUUUGCACUUUGUUUGGUUUUGUGACGUGUCCAAGAAUGCUGUUUUCUCUGUUUUUUUUCUUAACAGUCUCGUUUGAUAAGUUUCCUGGUUAACAAUUUAAAGAUCACUUAGUGAAGUUCAUCAAUUCAUUUGCCUGUCAAUCUAGGAUUUGUCUCCUGGUGCCUGAAAUUAUUUCAAUCUAAAGCAUAUCUAUAUUUUUGUCUAUCCCAUUGUCCAUAAACAUGACUGGGCUGAUUGUUUCAAGUUAAGUACAAGCACUGCAAGAUUAUUGGCCUUGGAAGUAAAACAGAACAGUUUGUGUUUACAAUAUAUUUAUUACAUUUAUAAAUGAAUACUGUGGACCAAAUCAAGGCACACAGUUGUUUCAAGAAAUGAGCAAUAUGUAUGUUACUCACCCCCUUAUCCCCACCAAUGUUAAAGACUUUGUAGCAUCCAUAUUUCAUUUAAUAAAAGAGCGCAUUGCAUAAGACUAAAUGUA